AUGACUGAUGUGGGUAUCACAACAUCCCCUCCCAGUAGUAUACGACCCUCACUUCAAGAUGAUGAAUAUCUCGAAGAUGGACCACUUUUCCGCGCCACCAUCAAGGAAUUGGAAAGUCGAACCAGUACACUUAAAGCCUAUUUAAAACGACUUGUCAAAACAACAACAGCAUCACUGGAAGCUAAACAAGCAUGGUUAGCAGCUGAUGAAGAACUGAUACAAUCUUUACAAGAAAUCCCGGCUGCUGAACCGCUAUGGACGACAUAUCUCAAUGACACGUGGAAAACCAUGUUGGAACAACGUGAAAGGUUACAACAUUCUAUGCAAUCAUUAUUAGUUGAUCCUCUUUUGAAGCUUUAUGAAAUGGAUCUCAAAGUAGCGGAUACAAAACGACGUCAAUUUGAAGAAGAAAGUAAGGAAUAUUACACUUAUUUGGCCAAGUACUUGGGAAUCAAAAAGAAUUCAACCUCUGCAGAUGCUCGUUUAGUAGAAACUAAACACUUAUUCAAGAAACGUCAUUUUGAUUUGAUUCGUUUUGAUUACUAUGCUUUUUUGGUGGACCUACAUGGUGGAAAGAAGGAACAGGAAGUUCUUUUUCAUUUGCUCAGCUAUCAUCAGAAAGAACAUGCCUUCUAUCAACAAGUUGCUCAACAUUUGGAAGAACAUCGAUCUGGUCUUGAUCACUUGGGAACUCAAAUGGCGCAGGCAGCUCGAUCUCAACAACUAGUUAAUAAGGAACGAUUGGAAAAACGAAAAUGGCUUGAAUCAAAAUAUGCUGAGGAUUUGGCGACAGAGACAACCCAUCUUUCAUCACAAUCGACAGGCGACAAUACUAGUUCAGAUUCGUUUAAGACACCAUCUCCACAAGAUGAUAUUGAUAAAUUUCAUGGUAUUCGUGAUUUGGAACAACAAGAUCGACGGUUUUUGGAUCAGAAUGAACGACGAAAGGAAGGUUUUUUAUUCUCAACAUCUAAACCUUUGAAACCUAAUGGACAUGAUAUGGCUUCUAGUGUGGCAUGGCACAAAUAUUGGUGUGUUUUGAGUGGUGGUAAAUUACACGAAUAUAGCAAUUGGAAACGACAUUUAGAAUCACAUAUUGAUCCCAUCAAUCUUCGGUUCGCUACGGUACGUGAAGCAAGGAAUGCAGAUCGACGAUUCUCUUUUGAAAUCAUUACACCACAACUUCGACGUAUAUAUCAAGCCACUUCUCAUGAUGAAAUGCUUGCCUGGGUCAAUACCAUUCAAAAUGCUAUCGAGGGACUUUUAGAUGGAACAGGAACAUCAUUGGAUUUGUUACAGGGUAUGGAUCACCAUCUAGGAGAUACUGAAAUCAACAAUUGCGUCAAUGUCGAGUCACUAUUAGAUGCAGCUGUCACACCACCAACACCUACACCAUCUAAAUCAAAGACAAAAAGUAUCACCUCUAUCUCCAUCAAGAAACCUGGUAAUGGUCAUCAUCGUCGUUCUCUAAGUGGACAAUAUACAUUUUCUCCCUCUGUUAAUACCAAGCUUAUUGAGAACAUUCGAAACGAGAAGUCCAAUCGAUUUUGUGCUGACUGUGGAGAAAAGAAUCCGGAUUGGUGUUCACUGAAUUUGGGAAUCUUCUUAUGUAUAGAAUGUUCAGGUAUACAUCGAAGUAUGGGUACUCAUGUUUCCAAAAUCCGAUCAUUGACUUUAGAUAGUUCAUCUUAUUCUCCUGAUAUACUGGCUCUUUUACAUUCUAUGGGUAAUGCAAAAUCAAAUUCUGUUUGGGAAGCUACCUUGUACGAUACCAACAACAAUAACAACAAGAUUCAACCCACGGAUCGACGUGAAAAAAAACUCCAAUAUAUCCAAGCAAAAUAUGUUGUUCGAUCUUUUAUUCAGCCUGCGACCACUGAUGAUGAAAAGGAAGAUGUGAACUUGUGUCUUUUCAAGGCCAUCGAUGAUGAUGAUAUUCCACAAGCUUUACGGGCAAUAGUACUUGGUGCCAAUGUCAAUUCAUGUCGACCAGGUCUGGAUGAUGAUGAUAGUGAUCUCAAGAUUCCAAGAUAUGCACUUCAUGUGGCUCUUCUUCAUGGUAGAAUGCGGGAUGAAAACAAUAUCGAAGAUGAUGACGAUAUUUCGGGUACUUCUAUGGAGGAGAGGAAAAGACUAUUUCCAAUGGCAGAAUUCUUACUUCAAAAUGGCGCUGAUGCUGGUAUAGUCGAUUCAACUACAGGAAAAACGGUGUCUGAACUGAUAGGACUUGUGGAAUCCUUGGUGAAAGAUGAUGCUAUUGCGUAUUUGAAUCUCAAAAAUACAGCUCGUGGUCAAUCUUUAGUGUAUCGAUCAAGUUUACCUCCUCUUCCAACAAAAUCGACAAUACAUUGA